AUGGCUAUCUGGAGUGGUAUCAAGAACGUCGUGCUAAGAAUGGUGCUCGCGGUGGUCAUGGUGGAUAGCAACCACAAUCUGUCUGCACAUCUCAGGCUGCUCCUCGCCGCAAUACCAUAUCUUUGGGGCAUAGCCUUGCCUCCCACAUGGCAGUUGCCUCCUCUAGUGAGCCUUAUUCGAGAUGUUUAUUCUAUCCAUGUGUUGGUUUAUGUGAAUGGUUUAAUUAUUGCUGGUAGUUCUUCCACGUUGAUUUCUCGUUUUAAGGAUUACUUGCAUUCGUGUUUUCAUAUGAAGGACUUAGAGCAUUUGAAGUAUUUUCUUAGUAUUAAGGUGGCUCGAGGUCCCAAUGGGAUUUUUUUAUCCCAAUGCAAGUAUGUUCUAGAUUUAUUAACUAAAGUUGGUAUGCUUGGGUGUCGCCCUAUUGACACACCUAUGGAGAAAAAUCACUAUCUUACUUCGUCUACUACUAAUAUUUUUGGUCAACCUAGCCAAUAUUGGUAUUUGGGUGAUCCGGCCAAGGUAUUUGUUUACGACCUACAUCGUCUUUCACUUUGCGACUUGGACAGUGACUGGGCUUCCUAUCCUCUCACUCGUCGCUCUCUUACUGGCUUUGUGGUUUUUCUUGGACAUUCUCGUAUUUCUUGGCGUACCAAAAAGAAACCUAUUGUUGUUUGUUCCUCUACUGAAGCUGAAUAUCGUGAUAUUACGGUUACUACUUGA